AUGGGUCCAGGCGGUGGAGGCAACAUUAAGGUGGUGGUUCGGGUGCGACCUUUUAACAGCCGAGAAAUCGAGCGUGGUGCAAAAUGUAUUGUGUCAAUGAAAGGCGCCCAGACGGUGAUCAGCCAGCCGCCGGGCAUGGAGGAUAAAUCGCGAAAAGGUGGCAAGGGUGGUGGUGAAGGACCCAAGACCUUCGCGUUUGAUCGAUCGUACUGGUCUUUCGACAAAAACUCCCCUAACUACGCUGGACAGGAUAAUCUCUUCGAUGACCUGGGUACACCGCUGCUGGAUAAUGCCUUCGGCGGAUAUAACAAUUGUAUCUUUGCCUAUGGUCAGACCGGUUCUGGAAAGUCAUACUCGAUGAUGGGAUAUGGAAAGGAAUAUGGUGUCAUCCCUCGCAUUUGCCAGGACAUGUUUGAGCGGAUUGCCCAGAUUCAACAGGACAAACUUCUCAACUGUACCGUGGAGGUCUCAUACCUAGAAAUUUACAACGAACGAGUGCGCGAUUUGCUCAACCCGUCCAACAAGGGUAACCUGAAGGUCCGCGAGCAUCCAUCAACGGGUCCAUAUGUGGAGGAUCUGGCCAAGUUAGUGGUGCGCUCCUUCGAUGAGAUUGAAAAUUUGAUGGAUGAGGGAAACAAAGCACGAACGGUGGCUGCGACAAACAUGAACGAAACAUCCAGUCGAUCCCACGCCGUCUUCACUUUAACACUCACGCAGAAACGUCAUGACUCCGAGACCUCGAUGGAUACGGAGAAGGUGUCAAAGAUCAGUUUGGUUGAUUUGGCAGGUUCGGAGAGAGCAAAUUCCACCGGAGCGACUGGUGCUCGAUUGAAGGAAGGUGCAGAGAUCAACCGUUCUCUAUCCACUCUGGGUCGUGUCAUUGCAGCCCUGGCCGAUGUGUCUGCUGGGAAAAAAAAGAACGCCUCGAUGGUUCCAUACCGUGACUCUAUUCUCACUUGGCUUCUGAAAGAUUCACUGGGUGGUAAUUCAAUGACUUCUAUGAUCGCAGCUAUCUCACCUGCAGAUAUUAACUUUGAAGAAACACUCGGUACUCUACGAUAUGCUGAUUCGGCGAAGAGAAUCAAGAAUCACGCAGUAGUGAACGAAGAUCCGAACGCUCGUAUGAUCCGCGAACUCAAAGAGGAACUAGCACAGCUGCGUUCGAAGCUCGGAGGUGGUGCGGGUGCUGGACCCGCCGGUGGAUUGCCAGCUGAAGAAUCAUAUCCUCCUGACACACCGCUGGAGAAACAAAUGGUCUCCAUUCACCAAAGCGACGGGUCCGUGAAGAAAGUCAGCAAGGCCGAGAUUGUGGAGCAGCUCAAUCAAAGUGAGAAGUUAUACAAGGACCUCAACCAGACGUGGGAGGAGAAAUUGCAGAAAACAGAAGAAAUUCACAAGGAGCGCGAGGCUGCCUUGGAAGAACUUGGUAUCAACAUUGAAAAAGGUUUCAUUGGACUUAGUACACCCAAGAAGAUGCCUCAUUUGGUCAACCUAAGUGACGAUCCCCUGCUGGCAGAAUGUUUGGUCUACAACAUCAAACCAGGGACAACGACCGUGGGGCAUAUGGACCAAGGGAACAAUGUCGAAAUUCGAUUGAACGGGUCCAAAAUCCUUUCCAAACACUGUACUUUUGAAAACGUGGACAAUGUUGUCACCAUCGUCCCCACCGAAGGUGCCGCAGUGAUGGUCAAUGGUAUGCGGGUCGACAAGCCCAAACGCCUCAAGAGUGGAUUCCGCAUCAUUCUCGGUGAUUUCCACAUCUUCCGUUUCAAUCACCCACAAGAGGCUCGUGCUGAACGAGUGGAACAGAGUUUACUACGGCAUUCUGUGACAACCAGCCAACUUGGGUCGCCCGCGCCCAACAAAACACACGAUCGCAAUAUGAGCAAGACUGGGUCCGAAGUCGAUGGAGACUCGAGUAGGGCAGAUUCUCCGAUGCCGUCUCAGCGCGGACGAGAAUCAGAUUGGUUCCUUGCUCGAAGAGAGGCGGUCGGUGCCAUGCUUGGACCAGAUCAUAUCUCACAUCUGCCAGACGACGAACUAGAUGCAUUACUUGAAGGUGUGCAGAAGGCCCGCGCAGAGCGUCGUGGCUUACCUGAGAACGAGGAAGACUCUGACUCUCUCAGCUCCUUUCCUGUACGUGACAAGUACAUGUCUAAUGGCACUAUCGACAACUUCUCUCUCGACACUGCUAUCACGAUGCCUGGAACUCCCCGUCAGAAUGGCGAUGACGACGGACCAAACAGUGGGGUAUCUCUCAACUCAGUCCGUCAAGAUAUGCAGCGCCAAUUAGAUCGACAAAAGGAUGAGUUCCAGGACAAGCUAAAGACCGCCGAAGCUUCUUCCAAUCAGGAUCCCACCGAAACUCGCACCGAGAAGCAGCGUAUGGAGGACGCCCUCAAAUUCGCCAAAGAAGACUAUGAGGAGCAGCUGAGAGUGCAAAAGGAGGAAUUUGAGUCCCAGAUGCGAGACAUGGGUAAGCCUAUUCCUCAAAUUUACGAGAACGGUUUCGCCAAACUUGAUGAACGGGAAAUCGCAAUCGCCCAAUCCGUUUUCCGCCACUGGUCUCAGCGCAAUUAUGUCCGCAUGGCCGAGAAAAUCCUCCAGCAUGCAUCUCUUAUCAAGGAAGCUCAGAUCAUGAGCCAGAUCAUGGACAAGAAUGUGGUCUUUCAAUUUGCCAUUGUGGAUCAUGGCCAUAACAUGGUUUCAUCCUACGACCUUGUAUUGAAUGGAAUCUCUGGCGACGACGAUAUCGCGCUAGAAGAGGCCAAGAAACCAUGUGUUGGCAUCCGGGUGAUUGAUUACAAGCAGUGCGUCAUUCACUUGUGGUCGAUCGAGAAACUUCAACGCCGCGUGCAAUCCAUGCGCCAAUUACACCAGUACAUUGAUCGACCCGAUUAUAUCCAGCACUUCAAACUCGAGAACCCGUUCUCAGACCCGUGUUCCCCACAGUUCUCCCUCAUCGGCGACACAGAUAUUCCCCUGACAGCCGUCUUCGAGACCCGCGUGCAAGAUUUCUCCAUUGAGAUCACGUCACCUUAUACCCAAAGCGUUGUUGGGAUCAUCCGACUGUCUUUGGAACCAUCCUCCGCAGAGGCCCCAUCGUCCACAUUGAAAUUUAAUGUGGUUAUGCGGGACAUGGUUGGGUUCGCUGAGUGGGAGGGGACAGAUGUUCAUGCACAGCUCUUCGUUCCUGGAAUCUCCGAGGAAGGAGGUGCUACAACGACACAGAUGAUUAGUGGCUUUGAAGAGAGUCCAGUGCGGUUUGAAAGUGUGCAUAGCAUGAGUCUGCCGCUUUCAAGCCCGCGAACGGCGACCCUGAAGGUCUGUGUUUACGCUCGUGUGACUUCAAUGCAUCUGGACAAGCUCUUGAGCUGGGACGAUAUGCGUGAUUCCGCGGACGUUGUACCCCAAAAGCGAACCGCCCCUCGAAUUGCAGAGUCGGAAUUCUACUCGGAAGAAAGGCACGACGUGUUUGCUAGAGUCCAGAUCCUCGAGCUUGCGGAGACUGGUGAAUACUUGCCGGUGGAGGUUGUUCAGAGCAACAAUCUUGAUGCAGGCACCUACCAGCUUCACCAGGGUCUGCAGCGUCGUGUCUCCAUCAAUCUCACUUACAGUUCCACGGAGAGUCUCCCAUGGGAUGACAUCAGCAAUGCUCGUGUGGGUUCUGUGCGUCUUCUGGACCCAUGGGGUAAGAUCCCUGACCAGGAUCUCCAGACCCCGGACGUUCCUCUCAAGUUCCUUCAAGAACCCAUGGUGAAGGACAACGCCGAUGGAACCUCCAAUGUGACGAUCGUGGGACAGUGGGACUCGAGUCUGCACGGCUCCCUACUGCUCGACCGAGUCACCGCAGACAAAUAUCGAGUCCAGGUCACGGUGCGCUGGGAUCUUAUAUCGUCCCGUCUCCAGGACCCCGUGGUGUUCGAGGUCGAUCAGACGGUUCAAAUCCUCGGACGGACCUAUGUCCGCCAACAGUCUAUGUUUAAACAGCUGUGGAGUACUACUCGCGUUGUGCACUCGACUACUCGCAUGUAUUCGUUGGUUAUUCGACCAAUCUCCGCUAAACGAGCCGCCGACCUGUGGCGAAUGAACACUCAAAACGACUACGUCAAGGGUGAAGAGCUGUUGACAACGUGGGCUGCCCGAAAAGUGUCGCUGGUUCGAGAUUAUAUCGCGGCUCGCAAACAUCGAUACCGUGUAGCCGAAUUACAGGCUGCCCGGGGAGCCCUCAGUGCGGGUAGCCUAAUGCCUUCAUCCGCUCGUGGCAGUGGUAGAUCCACGCCUAUGAGGAAUCAAGACCUCAACGAGCGCAAAACCAAACUUCUUCGGAAAUACCUUGAUCUCUGGCCGACCAAGAAAGAUCCCACCGAGACUAUCCUGGUUGGCAGCAAUACCGAACCUCCCACUGAUGGCGCACAGCAUAGGUCGAAUGCCAUGUCAGACAAGAUGUCAUUGAAGCCUCGCUUCGUGGCUACUAUCCAGGCCUUACCCAAGAACCCAGAGGUCUUGAAAUCAGGACAUGUCCUGACCCCCGACGACACAAACAGUGUUUGGGUUCGCCGAUUCGUGGAGCUUCGCCGGCCGUAUCUUCACAUUUAUUCGGUUCCCGGUGGAGAUGAAAUCAACGCCAUCAACCUGCGUAAUUCCCGCGUCGAUCAUGCACCGGAUUUUGCCCGCCUUCUCGAUGGAUCUGGCGCCGGUAACGAUCGCUCAUUAUCCGCCAAAGGACGCCCGAAUAUCUUUGCCGUGUACGGAACGCAGAACACAUACCUCUUCGCGACCCGCACCGAGGCCCAGAAAGUUGAAUGGAUUCUGAAGAUCGACGAAAGCUACUUCAGCAGCAACGGUGGCAGUGCAGUUGCAAGUGGCGACGAGCGAUGA